UGUUGUCAUGUCGUUGUGUGUCAGAUUAUUAAACCUCCUGCUGUGUGAUCGUCUGAUAAAUAAAAGCUGAAGUGAAGUCGGAGAAUGAGAAGUUGCUGAUCCUGAAUCUGACCGGACGUCGUCCAGCAGAGAUCAGACUGUGACCUCUGACCCCUCAGGAUCAUGUCUUUUACAUGUUGUUGUGUAUUCUCAGCAAGCUGUUCAGGAUGUGGACCAGGAUACCGCAGCCCGCUGGAUGCCAUGAAGGGUCCUCGGGAGCAGAUUGUCUACCUUCCGUGUAUCUACCGAAACACUGACAUCCUGAAACCAGAUUACCUGGCAACGGUCGACAUCGACCCAAAGUCUGCCACCUACUGUCAGGUGAUCCAUCGGCUGCCAAUGCCGAACCUUCGAGACGAGCUACAUCACUCCGGCUGGAACGCCUGCAGCAGCUGCUUCGGAGACGUCUCCAAGACCCGAAACCGUCUGAUUCUGCCGUCGCUCAUCUCCUCCAGGAUCUACGUGGUCGACGUCGGGUCGAAUCCCAGAGCACCGCAGUUGCACAAGAUGGUCGAACCCGUGGAUCUGUUCUGGAAAUGUAACCUGGCGAAUCCUCACACAUCUCAUUGUCUGGGUAACGGUCAGAUCAUGAUAAGCUGCAUGGGAGAUCCGUCCGGGAACGGCAAAGGUGGAUUCGUUCUGCUGGAUGGUGAAACGUUUGAGGUGGUCGGGAAUUGGGAGCAACCAGACGAAGCAGUGCCCUUUGGGUACGACUUCUGGUACCAACCUCGACACAACGUCAUGAUCAGCACUGAAUGGGGCGCACCUAAAGCUCUGGCCGAUGGUUUUAAUCCGACCCACGUCCAGGAAGGUCACUACGGCAGCUCCAUCCAUGUUUGGGACUGGACCACCCACAGGAAGCUGCAGACUCUCAAUCUGGGUGAAGAGGGCGCUAUUCCUCUCGAGGUCCGAUUCCUCCACGACCCCGACGCCACCGAGGGCUACGUGGGCUGUGCUCUACAAUCAAAUGUCUUCAGAUUCUACAAAGCUCCAGACGGUCAAUGGGCCGCAGAGAAGGUGAUCAGUGUCCCCAGCAAGAAGGUGGAGGGAUGGAAGCUGCCAGAGAUGCCUGGUACUUGUCUGUCAGUCUGACCUGUCACCUGUCUGUCUGACCUGUCUGUCUGACCUGUC